AUGUCGUCCCCCACGCUGCCCAUGACCUCUCUGCCCCCUAGCCCCCUGGCUAUGGAGUACCUCAAUGACUUUGACCUGCUCAAGUUUGAGGUGAAACCGGACACUCCGCCUCUGCCUUCUCAAUGCUCCUACUCAAAGUCAGACCUGUCCCAUGACCCCUCCAGCUCACCGUACACAGGGAACCCUGCACAGGACUCCAGUCUCAACUCUAGUCCAUAUAACUCUCUGCCCCCCUCGCCCACGUUAAGUGAUGUCCACCCGCCGCCCUCCGGAGCCUCCUCUCUGUCCUCCUCAUCCUCCUCCAUCUCCUUCCCUCUGUCUCUGUCCAGUGGCUUCUCAUCAGGCCUGGGUUCAGUGGCUCAAGGCACUGUGGAGGACAGCCCCACCCAUGGGGGGGCUCAGGGUCCCACUCCAGCGUCUCUGGAGGACCUCAUCUGGCUGGCAGCGCUGCAGCAGCAGUUUGGGGGAGAGGUGACUGGACCUGCCACCCUGCUGGGGGCCCUCGGGGGAGUCCCAGAGCGAGGGGACAGGGAGCGAGGACCCGUCAAUGGUUUUCUGGGAUGUGAGGAUGCCGUGGAGGCUCUGCUCAACUCUGCAGCUGCAGCAGUCAGCUCACAGUUCCCAGGCCUGUCUCAGAGCUCCAGCAGUAACAUGGGCGACUCCAGCAGUGACAGUGGAGCAGACAUGUCCUGUGGUAAAGGGGCGGACAUGUCCCACCGGCCACUAGUCUUCCUCUCCUCAACCCCUCAGUCACUCAGUGGGGCAGGACCCGGGACAGCACCAUACCCCCAGCCCCUCAGUCCACAGGCCAGACUACACCAUCACCACCAUCCCAUGCACCAUCACCAUCAGCACCAUCUGCAACUCGGCCAGUGCGCGGUGAACGAUCGCUUCUCCGAUGAGCAGCUGGUGAGUCUGUCUGUGCGGGAGCUAAACAGACACCUGCGUGGUGUCAGUAAAGAGGAGGUGGUGCGACUGAAGCAGAAGCGGCGCACGCUGAAGAACCGCGGCUACGCUCAAUCCUGCCGCUACAAACGGCUGCAGCAUCGGCACGCGCUGGAGUCGGAGAAGCAUGUGCUCUCGCAACAGCUGGAGCAGCUCCAGUGUGAGCUAACCCGGGUCCUGAGGGAGAGGGACACCUACAAAGCUCGAUACGAGAAGCUCCUGGGCUCCACCCACAGCAGCAGUAACCCCCCCUCACCUCCUCCGGAUUACUUCCUCUGA